GGAGGAGCGGCCGCCCUGGCGUUCCCGCCAAUCACGCCGGUGACGGAGGGCGCCCACGCCAGCGAUCAGCCUCUGAUCACGCGCUCACUGCGCCCCUAUUGGCCGGCGCUUUCUACACCUUUGUCUCCGAUUGGUGGAGCUUCACUGCCGCCAGCUGCAAUGUAAUUUUUGUUGUUCUGUGCGUGUUGCAACUGGGUCGUUAUGUCCACCCCGGAGAGAAUUUGUUAUUCUCAUUGCUACCAUUUGCGAGGGCUCUCCCUUCUUGCCUUUCCCCCCCCCAACGUGAUAUUGUUUUGAUUGGGAUUUUUAAAAAAUGUUUAAUUAAUUUAAAAUAAUUAAAAUGCGGUGUAAUUCUCCAUGUCAAGUUGGAGAAAUGGAAGAAUCACGCAAUGUUGAAAUCAUAGGCAUUUAUGAGUCGAUAUUAGAAAGGAAACGUCAUGACAGUGAAAGGUCCUCUGGCAGUCCAUUGGAACAGAAUGACAUUGAAGCUGUGGAGGCUCUUGUUUGUAUGAGUUCAUGGGGACAACGGUCGCAAAAAGGGGAUCUCUUAAAAAUGCGACCACUUACACCUGCUUCAGACACAGAUUCUGUGCACUGUGAAUCUGUUCCUCCAAUGUUGCAGAGAGACUACCAUUCAUUCUCAUUCCUCUGUAUGACACCACCACAUAGUCCUGGUGUUGUUGAAUCUGGUAAUGCUCCUCCAGUGCCACAAAUUACCUAUACAAAGCCAGCUACUAUCACUGCUAACAGUGGAGUCCACACAGUCAAUACGAUGACUGUGAAGCCUGCUUUAGUGAACAUUCAUGAGUUUUCACGCCAGAAGUCUCCUGCAGCCGAACGGACUGUUGCUCCUCACUGCCGGUCAGUGGCCACCAGUGUCAUCCGUCACACUGCUGAUAAUUCUCCUUGCAGCCACAUUCCUUCGCCGUCAAUGAUUGAAAAGCCCCACUCGAGUCUCCUAAGCCUUGGGACAAAGGCAAAAGGAAAAGCAACAAGCCAAUGUAAGCACACUAAGGAGAUGCGUUCGUCCUCUGGUUUUGAGAGUAAAAGCUGUUUGCAGCAGAAUUUCUCCAAGUCAGUUAGCAAGGACCCACAGCCAGCAGUGUCCUCCCUAGCACCAGCUUGUACAACAAACAAAAUUGAAACUGAACAUCAAAACCUAGCCCGAUCUCUACCAGCACGCCUACCCCCUCCAGCUGUGGCAAACACUCCAGUUAUCUGUCAGAUGUUGCCUGUGAAUGGAGGAGGAAGAGAAAGAGGAGGAGGAGGUGUCAUUUCAGCAUUGAUCCCAACACCAAGCAACUGUGUAAAGCCCAUGUUUUCCCAGACUGCUCCAGUUUCUCAACCUCUUCUGGUGGGAACAUCAGUGUCACAAGGGACAGUGAUGUUUGUGCUACCCCAACCCACUCUAACACCAUCAUCUCCUGCUCAGCAGACGGUAAUGACAGUUGGGAAUACUAAGUUGCUGCCACUGGCUCCUGCUCCAGUUUUUGUUUCAUCGGGUCAAAAUUGUGCACCACAGAUGGAUUUCUCUAGAAGGCGUAAUUAUAUUUGUAAUUUUACUGGUUGCCGGAAGACCUACUUCAAGAGUUCGCACUUAAAAGCACAUCUCCGAACACACACAGGCGAGAAACCAUUUAACUGUAACUGGGAAGGAUGUGACAAAAAGUUUGCCCGCUCAGAUGAACUGUCGCGACACCGCAGAACUCACACUGGGGAGAAGAAGUUCAUGUGCCCCGUUUGUGAUCGACGCUUCAUGCGCAGUGAUCACCUCACGAAACAUGCGCGUCGUCACAUGACCACAAAGAAAGUCCCCAAUUGGCAGGCUGAGGUCAACAAACUGAACAAAAUAGCUAUUUCAGCACCUUCUGCCAUCCCUGUGAAAAAUGUAUUGAUUCCUACGACAACAUCCACCUGAAUGAGAUGACUUGCAGACAACAUUUGCACUAAUUGAGUUAUCAACAGAACUGAAGAAGUGGCUGUUGUUUGAUGGAAUGCUCACGCAAUUCUGAAAGUGGUGUGCUUUACUGCAUUCUCAAAGUAUGAAUUGAUUUAUCUUUCUGACAUAUAUGAGUGGUAAUGACACUUGUGUGAACAGGUUGAACGCAAAAAUCUGACAAGCAUAAGGGUGGAAUUUUCCUCUCAUUUGUAAUGCACAGAAUAUGGGGAAAUUCCACAAUGGUUCAUGGAAAAUUUUCAUUAUAUUCUAAACAUUUUAAAUGUAUUGUAAAUAGUAUUUGCUAUGCACAUUGUAUACUUCCUCUAUUUAAUAAAACAAUUUUCAUGUAUAACAGAUGAUAAAUAUUUUUUCUGACAAUUUUUGCCAUACAAGAAUAGCGCUGAACUCUUUUAUUGCCUUAAAGCAAUAAUUUUGUGCAGCCCCCUUUUUAGAUCCUAACCUAUUGAAACUGAUAACCAUCAGCAUGAGAAUUGGAAUGAAUAAAUGUGUAUAUAUAUUUUAAAAGUGCACUAUUUUGCAAACAUUAUGUAUUUAAUAUCAUUCACAUCAUGGCAUUAUGCCAAUUAUUUUAGAUGUCCAGCACUUAUGUUUGUGUUUUCCUCAUGUAUGGCACACUGAAAACAAUAUGUAUGUUACACAAGUUGCGUGUGGCUACAUGAAAUACCCUGCUGAGGAUGGUGACAGGAUGGGCUGUAUUUUUUUUAAGUCUCUGACUUACAGCAGUAAUCAGGUG